GAGUCAUAUAAGAGAGGCAGCAGACAGAGAGAGAGGUGAGCGACGAGAUCAUCAUCCUCUCUGCCAGCCUCAUCAUGUUCAUGCUGCAGAUGUUGACUGUUAUCUCCCUGACUGUUCUCCUCCUGGCAUCUGUGCAAGGAAAAGGUGUGCAAAUGCAGCGGGAUGUUCAGUGCUGCAUGUUGUAUUCCCAUGGCAAGGUGCGCACCAAGGACGUGCUGCGGUUUGAGGUGCAGACCGAGGGGCCAGACUGCAGUAUACAAGCCAUCAUUCUUUACACCAAAAAGGCGGUGAAGUGUGCUGACCCCAGGGACCGUAAGGUAAAGAGGUUGCUGCGGAAGCUCCUGCAGAGACAGCGGGCCAAGGCCCAUCGAACAAUGUGGCUCCUUCCUCACGACAACCUACCCGUCAUGACAGAGGAGAAGAAAGACAACUGGGCCAUCCUCAAUAUGCAGUGAUAGAAAAACAUCAAAUAUGGAGGAAAAUGAAUAGUCGUAGGCCAAGUAAACUGUCAGCAGCUUGUCACCCUACAGUAAAACAGCAGUUAGCUGACUCUCCAGUCGUCUUGUCUCUCUCGCUCCAUAUCACAACUAUCUGUCUGCAGUGGACCAGACCUGGGCAGCAAUAUAUAUUUAAAUGGCAUUAUAUAUUUAAAACAUGAACUGUGUCUGACAGAUUGUGAAAGUGAGGAGGAGGAGGAGGAUUGAUUUGUAAGAUAUGCGGGUUGAAUUGAUCUAAAAUGGCUCUUACUGUUAUUUGCCAGAGUCUGCCUCAAAAGUGUCUCCCUCUCUCCAUCCAUAACGUCUUUGUGCCUGAUCUGUGGAACAGCAUAUAUAUAGUAUAAAUGAGCAGUGAUUUAAAUAUCGUCCUAAAGCAAGGUACUUAUAUGCUUGUUUGUGCUUUGUAAAUGUUCACAUUCAUGUGUAACUGCUCUGAGUAAGUAGUUCAGGUUUUGUGGGUGCAGAACCUAUAGGGGAGCAUUUUUUAUUCAAGUGACUUGCACCUUGUUAUGUACAAUCAAGGUUUCACAGUCCCUUUCAGACUUUGACCUCCCGUUUGUGACUGUUAUAAAACUGAACUCGAAAUGUGAAACCUGUGAAAAAGCAAUCUGUCUGUUCUUUAUCUUGACUGUUCAUAGAGUAACCCUAGCAUCAGCGUUUCAAACCAGCUAUUUAAUCCUAUCUGCAUUCAUCAUCGUCACCACUACAUAGUCUGCCAUUAAACUAUGCCAAAGUACUCUUCUUGAUUCCGUUCACCAUGUAACUAGGCUGUUCAAUCUUUGAGGGCUCGAUUGUGUGUUAAGCACCCAAUCAUUGUAUUGUAGAAGAAUACACUGUACGAUGAAACACACUAUGUCAAGUGAACAAUUUUAUAAAAACAACCUGAAAUAA